CAAGAUUCCACCCCCUGGUCGUGAACAUAAGGAACAUAACGAAGUUGUCAUGGCGCUUGAAGGUUUGUGUGGUUAUGAUGCUCGUAUGAGUUUCAGUUCAUUAAAACGGGAUGUGGAAUCUGAAUCCGAGGUUGAAUAUUACAGCAAGAACUUCGUCAAUAAUCUUGUAUUGGCUAUGCCACCGUUUCCGAACCCAGCAGAAUAUCUCACAAGGUUUUCCACAGAUGAACAUGGAAAAAGCAUCAAGAUCAAAUUUGCCCAUGGCACUACAACUCUUGGAUUCCGUUACCAGGGAGGGGUAGUACUAGCUGUUGACUCACGAGCAACAGGAGGUCAAUUUAUAGGUUCACAGACAAUGAAGAAGAUAGUUGAGAUCAAUGAUUAUCUUUUGGCAACACUGGCAGGCGGUGCUGCUGACUGUGUGUACUGGGACCGAGUGUUGGCAAAACAGUGUCGCAUGUAUGAGUUACGGAAUAGGGAGCGAAUUUCUGUGGCUGCAGCAUCAAAACUAAUGGCCAAUAUGGUGUAUAACUACAAGGGAAUGGGACUGUCAAUGGGUAUGAUGAUUGCAGGAUGGGAUAAGAGAGGUCCUGGCCUCUAUUAUGUUGAUAGCGAAGGGACACGGACAAAAGGAAAAGUGUUUUCUGUUGGUUCUGGAUCAAUUUAUGCUUUUGGAGUUCUUGAUUCUGGCUACAGCUGGGAUCUCAAAGAUGAAGAAGCUUAUGAUUUGGGGCGCAGAGCCAUUUAUCAUGCAACACAUCGUGAUGCUUACAGUGGAGGCAUUGUGAGAGUGUAUCACAUGAAGAGCACUGGCUGGGUGAACAUUUCCAAUGAAGACUGCAAACAACUGCACUACAAAUUCCAAGAAGAAAAAGGAAACUUUCAGUGAAGUUUUGUAGUUGCAUAUGCAUACAUGUCAUAUUUAAUUUGUAUUUGUAUCAAUGCAAACUAACUGAAGCUUGAUAAAUAUUAAAGACAGAUAUUAAAACUGAAA